AUGGGAGAGCAGGAUCCCCCAUUCCUGACUGGGUUGAUCAGCCGUCUCCGAUCCGCAAGCAAGUGAGGAGCGAGUUGAGGCCAUUUUUUCUGGUUUCGAUUUACUUGAGUCGAUGAAUGAAUAGAUAUGAUUUUGAAAUGGACCAAAAUUACUAGUUCUAGUUCUUCAUUUUUCCACCCCCAAAAUGGUUGCGGACCUCGGUAUCUGCGAAAUGAUAGGAUUAAACGGAACCAAAAUACUCUUUUCACCACAGACUUGCCCCAAGUUUCAGCCCGAGCAAUAAAACCACCUCAACUAUCGUAUUCUAUUUUUAUCAAAAUCAUCUAUCCUGUUAUCAAGAAUGCUAAGGAUUAACGUUUACAAUGUUAUCUUAGUUGAGGCUGUUUAUCUAUGAUAAAUGAAUGAUUUCAUUUUUCACAUUUCUGAUUUCUUUUUGGGUCACAUUACCAGGUACUACACUGGCUACCCCAAGGAUCUCGGUCCUUCAAGGGUUAUCCAUUUUACAUCUGAACGCCAGUUUGUUCAGCUCCUCCAUGAGGGCCGUCCGGUGGUCGUUGUAUUUACCAUCAAGUCAGUUUUGUCUAUGGUUUGAUUAGAGCAUGAUCAUAACAAUUAAAUUAGUCUGUUCUUGACCUGCCAAGUAUAUCAUAAUUUUUUUUAUUUACAAUGAUUUCGUCAACGACCAUGUUGGUUCAGAGGUCCAUACACGAAGCAUCUCGAUAGAGUGUUGGAAGAAGCUGCUGCUGAGUUCUACCCUCAUGCAAAAUUUGUGCGUGUAUGUUCCAAAAUCUAACUGGGUCUCUAGUAAAUGUCUCAUUUUAUUUUAUUUUAUUAUUACGUUUUUUGUGUUCUAAAUCUUGCAUGCUAUUAGUUUCUUCAUCGUAAAAAUAAUCAUGUAAUGUUAUCCCUUUCUUUUUCUUUAUUCAUGUCUGGACUUUACCAUAAAUGAUAGGUUCAACGGCCACUUUGAACGUUUCCGGGAUUAGUUUUUCUUUGCGAGAACUAGUUGCCAAAUGAUCUUAGUUUCUUCAUCGAAUCAUUCGUAAUUACCUGGCAAUCAUGUAAAGCCUUAUUGUGGAUGACCGCUCUCAUCACAAGAUAGCCCGCUUCAUAUUAUCCCUUCUUUUUUUUUUUUCCUGCAUUCGUGUCAGGGGUUUAUUAAGAAUGAUCGGACCACUUUGACUGUUUCAGGGAUUAGUUUUUAUUUUCGCGAACUAGUUGCCAAAUGAUGAAGAUAAAGAAUUGUUCUAUUCGACUAUGGCAUUAGAUAAUCAACACAAAAUCAGGAGCAGAAACCAAUGCGAAUACUUUAGCAUCCUCAAUGAUGAUAAUGGUCGAUUAGUGCAACCAGGCAAUGUGGUUUGCUAUAAUGUAUGCUUGCUGUUUGCAAACGAAGUUGUGUUCUCUAUAGGCGACUGGUUCUUUAGUUUUUACUUAUUUUGAUUUUAUUUUUUUAUGUGAAUGGUGUACAGUGCAUUGAUUAUGGGUUGAAUCUCUAGAAAGAGAAAUCUGCACUACCCAAAAUACAAAAAAAUAUGGACUGAUCUUUGAUUGGGAAAAGAAUGAAUCCGCAGGGUCCUAAAUGAAUUAGCUUACUAGAAAAAACCCUCGUUCUUUCGAAGAUCUAUCUCGUGUCUGGUACUGCAUGGUUCCACUCUGCAAGAACUCCGAAUCCUUCUCUUGAAGAUCAUUCUCUUUAUGAAAAAUUAUCCGUUUGACCCGAAAUCACCUGGCCUAAUAGGGCUAUCCCAUACUUCAAUUUCAGUGUGUUAACCUCACAAUUACCUGAGAAGCAGACAGUGGAUGACAUGUCGGCAGAAACCACCCUGAGCUUUCAUCCACCAGUCCAGAUGCCUUUGAAAGGAUCAUCUCAGAAUCCACGAGAAGAAAAUUUGAAACUUUCUACAUAUCUUCAACGUAGUCUCUUCCUCAAAAUGCUCACUAACCAUGCCUCGUCUUAACCCAAUUCUAUGACCAUUGGAUCUUGAGUUCCUCUUUCAGGAUCAGCCGAGUCUGCACUUACUCUAUUUUGAAUCUUAGCAGGCUGCAUUCAUUUUUUCUUUUUUCCUUUCUGGAAGCAAACCACUGGCAGAUUAGUGUUGUAUACUGUUAAUAAUUUAGUGCAUUUUCUAAUAGUGUCUAUCCUUUGAAGGAUUUUUUUCUUAAUAGUAUGCUUAUUUUUGUUUCAUAAAAAUCCAACAUUCGAUAUAUUGCCUCGCACCUCUUGCUAUAUUGUACAUGAUCCAUUUUUAUAUUUUAUUUAAAUUAAAAUUAUAUAUAUUAAAUCUCCCUUGGUUGGUCAUUGGUUGCGGCUUUGGCCUUCACUAUUAUUCUUGAACACAUCCUUGAUGGACAUGUCGACUCAAUCCUGCCCAUAUGAUCCAACCAGGUUGAAUGCCCAAAAUACCCUGGGUUCUGCAUGACGAGGCAAAAGAAGGACUACCCAUUUGUUGAAAUAUUUCACAGUCCCGAGCAAGUAAGUCUGACUGUACCGUUUUUAUUUAUUUUUUAUUUAUGUAGAAAUUCUGUUUAUCUUCUUGUUUCAUCGCUGCUUGUUCCAAGAUCGUCAUUCCUUGUUAGAAUAAGGAUCCAGACCUAUCAUAUAUAUAUAUAUUCAUUGCAGGAAUUUAUUUAUUUAUUUAUUUAUUUAUCAGGUGAGAUUUAUUUGUAUUGGAAAGUACUGAGAAAUUUCUGCUGGUGGUGUAGGCCCCUACUCAAGGAAGGGUUGCUGAUCCAAAUAUAACAAAGUACUCGGUGAAGGUGUUGCCUGUAAGAUCAGAUCUCCGCAUCUCUUUUUCUGCUUUUUUUUCUCAUUUUUUUUUAUUCGAAAUAUCUGGGAGUCUAUGAUAAUAUUUCAGCCGAGGUUUCCUUCUUAUCAUGCUGUGAGAUUCUUUCUCCCUUAAAAACUUUGAACAGUUGGUUGAAAAGGGUAAUGAGGGUAAAAAGUAAAUGGCCCAAGUGAAACCCGGACCUCCACCCAACCUAGUUUUCUUGGGUUUGGACUUCCAGACUCUCUCUCUCUUGUCUCUCUCUCCCCCCCCCUCCUCUCUCUCUCUCUCUCCCUCUCUCUCUCUAUCUCUAUCUCUCUAAUAAACCCAUCUCUCUCUCUCUCUCCCCCUCUUUCUCUCUCUCAACAUAUAUAAUAAACCGAUCAAUGUGCCUGGUCGCUGAUCUCACCCCAUCUCUGCUUCCUUUCAGUUUAACUACGACCUGAGCGCAUAUGGAUUCCGCGAGUUCUUCAAGAGGCACGGGAUGGACUCCCCCGGCUCCAAUUGA